GCGCUCAUGGCGCUGCUUAUCGUGGCCACGGUGCUCGGCAACGCGCUGGUCAUGCUCGCCUUCGUGGCCGACUCGAGCCUCCGCACCCAGAACAACUUCUUUCUGCUCAACCUCGCCAUCUCCGACUUCCUCGUGGGGGCCUUCUGCAUCCCACUAUAUGUGCCCUAUGUGCUGACUGGCCGCUGGCCCUUUAGCCGUGGUCUCUGCAAGCUGUGGCUGGUGGUGGACUACCUACUCUGCACCUCGUCCGUUUUCAAUAUCGUGCUCAUCAGCUAUGACCGCUUCCUGUCAGUCACCCGCGCUGUCUCCUACCGGGCCCAGCAGGGCGACACGCGGCGGGCGGUGCAGAAGAUGGUGAUGGUGUGGGUGCUGGCCUUCCUCCUGUACGGGCCGGCCAUCCUGAGCUGGGAGUACCUGUCCGGCGGCAGCUCCAUCCCGGAGGGCCACUGCUACGCCGAGUUCUUCUACAACUGGUACUUCCUCAUCACGGCCUCCACACUCGAGUUCUUCACGCCCUUCCUCAGCGUCACCUUCUUCAACCUCAGCAUCUACCUGAACAUCCAGAGGCGCACCCGCGUCCGGCUGGACGGGGCGCGGGACCCCGAGCCCCCGCCGGAGGCCCAGCCCUCCCCGCCGCCCGCCGCGCCCGGCUGCUGGGGCUGCUGGCAGAAGGGGCGCGGGGAG